AAAUAACACUAACAUGAUCUCUAAAAAAGUUCCAUCUAUACUUAAAAACACAGUUCACAAAUUUUGAAGAGUGGUUCGUCUGAAUGGGAAAGAAUUCCAUGUCCCUAUAGGCUUUGAAGAGCCUGAAUAUGACAUUGAGAACAUCCAGAAGUCUUCAAAGGUUAUCCUUGUCAGACAUGCAAAUACGGUUUUCAACCUUGAACAUGACACAUUCAUUGCAGAGCACGGAUAUGCCAGGGACGUGUUAAAGAUACAGUAUGACGAGAAGCAUAGGGAUACGCCUCUUUCAGAAUUCGGCAUCCAACAAGCAAAGAAUGCUUCCAAAUAUGCCAAGGAUUUGGAUGUAGAUUUGGUACUUAUAAGUCCUCUGAAGAGAACUAUUCAGACAGCAUAUUACCUUUUAAGAAAUCAUCCGAAUAAAGAGAAGAUCAAUUACGUAAUUCACCCUGGAAUUAGAGAGCAUCUGGUAGGAGUCAGUGAAAUGACAGAUAAUUGGGAGGAUAAACUAGUAAAUGAGUACCAGAAAUAUUUCCCAAAUUUAGAUUCAUCCUUAAUGAAGACCAAAUCAGGCUACUAUAAUGAACUAUUUUAUUGAAGAGAUAUCCAACCUGAGCUUAGGUCUCAGUUUCAAGGCAAGAGUAAGCAAGAGAUCGAACAGCUCAUUAGAGCGUCUUCAGAAGAGCGGUUCCCAAAGAGUGCAGAAAUUGUAGAGGGCACAUAUGACAGGGUUCAGAAAGUAAAAUAAAUAUAUCGAAAAGCACAUCAAGAAUAGACUUCCAGAAGAUCAAUACAAGAAGGUCUUAGUGAUUACUCACUCUUUAUUACUAAAAGUAUGGCUCGGAAACUGGUCUGGUAUGGAAAGACCUUUCACAAGCUUACCAAAAGAAACAAGGCUUGUGAAAAACUGAGAAUUCGUUGCAGACACUACCUAUAAAUACUAAGAAAGCAUAAGAAAGGCCAGCUCUG